GCAGAUCUGUGUUCACUGGAGAGACAGUCACUAUGAAGUGUGAUAUAGAGGAUCAGUACAGAUCAUUAAACUGGAGAUAUCAGUGGUAUAAACACACAAAUGAAGUGUUAAACUUUGAGAAUUACACUGUAAACAGAGACUCUCUCACUAUCAAUGGAGUUACUGAAUCUGAUCAGGAUGAGUUCAGCUGUAGAGCAGAGAUACACGGACGACCACAGAUUUCACAUUCAAGCUCUGCUGUUAAUCUUACUGUGAAGGCUUUACCCAAAGUUACAGUAAGUGUAACAUCAGAAAGAUCUGUGUUCACUGGAGAGACAGUCACUAUGAAGUGUGAGAUAGAGGAUCAGUACAGAUCAUUAAACUGGACAUAUCUGUGGUAUAAAGACACAAAUGGGACUUCAGUGUUUGAGGGAAACAUCUACACCAUCAGAUCACCAUCAGAUCAGGAUGAGUUCUGGUGUAGAGGGGAGAAAGAUGGACAACCCUCAUCCUCACAGUACAGUGAUCAUGUGACUCUCUCUGUUAAAGGUGUUUUUCAGGAGGCGAUGUCUGGUUUCAAGAUUUUCACUUAUCUGCUGGCAGUUUGUCCAUAUCUGUUAGCGACAGUCGUGCUGUUUUUCAAAUGCUGUAGAUUGAGAGUUUCUCACUCAUCUCUUGAAGAUCAGUUGCAGUAUGCAGUAAGAGAAGAUGAAACAUCAAUCUGAUAUGAAUGUGUUGUGAGUGCAGUUAAGCAUCAGGCUGUGAGGUAUUUAUCCAUGAGUUCAUAA